AUGACGGCCGAACCUGCUACUAAAAAGAUUAAGUUAGAAUUAAGUGAUCCUAGCGAACCGCUUACUCAAUCUGAUGUAAUAGCAUUUCAAAAAGAAGCUUUGUUUAGGUGUAUAAACCGUCGAAGGGUUGAUUUUGAGGCAUUACGGAGGCAAUAUGAGCUUUCCAGGAGGGAAUGCAUUGAUAUUUCUCGUAAGCUGGCAAAUAUUAUGGCCCUCAUAGUAACUUUGGCAAGGUUUAUCGAAACGUUUUGCAUGGAUGCUAAUGAAAAAAAACUGUGUAAGGAAAUUUCUCAAGGUGAUGAGACGCUGAUAGUUCAACGCAGUGACUCUUUCAUGAAAUUAUUGACUAAGUAUGGGAAACCAAAUGCCACGGAUGGUAAUGCUAACAAUAAUACGUCAGAUCAUAUUCAAGAAUUAACAACGGAGUUGAAAAACUUGCGGAAAACUAAGGAAGAGCUAUUUUACGAAAAUUCUCAGUUGACGGAGGAGAUUUCUGCUCUGAAGGAAUAUUAUACAAACUUAAUACGUAAGUACGAUAGAGAUGAAUCCUUCACAAUAAGGCGUGUUUUCAAAGAAGAUAAGUCAGAAGAUGCAAAGGAAACACGAGAGAAUAAGAAUGAGCCUAAUGAAAGCAAUACAAAGACCGAAAAUAAAGACUCUUCCGCCACUGAUAGCGAUGAUAAAUCUGGAAACUCCGAUAAGAGUGAUGGGAUCGCGCACCAAGAGGAUGAAAGAAAAGAGGAUGCCGAACGUGAAAAAUUAGAGCUGGACCUAAAAUUCUCUGAUUUGCGAGCAGAGGUAAAUUCUUUAAAAUCCACUAUUAGAGACCUUGAGAAUAUUAAAAAGGAAAAUGAGGAAGAGCUUAUUAAAACACGUUCCGAGAAUUCUGAUUUGAGAAGGCUACAAACUGCUGCAGUAAAACAAGAUCCUGAUUUUGAGUCAUACGAUCACGAAUCCCUUUUGGCAAAAAUUCAGCAUUUAGCAGAACAAAAUGACGAACUAUCGGAAGUCAACAGUUCCUUUUUAUCAAAAUUCCAAGUUUUGGCCAAAGAAAAGGAGGUGUACACAAAUAAAGUUCGAGAUGAGUUUCAGAAGAAUUUUGAUUCUCUGGUUGAAAUGAACAGUUCAUUGGAGAAAGAUGUCGUAAGAAUAAGAACUGCUCGUGAUGAUUUGUUGAGCAAAAUUGCCAUUUUGGAGGCUGAGAAAUCCAAGACUGAAUUAUUGGGGGACUUACAGCAUGCAAUUGACAUCUUGAAAGGGCAAUGGACCAAAAUUGAAGAAAGAUCAAUCAAUACAGAUUCUUUACAAACUCAAGACGCGUUGAUAAAGGAAAUACAAGAUUUAGAAAAGGGCUUCAGAGAAUUAUCUGAUUUAACUCAUAGAAAAUAUUCCGAAAUUAUUAAUCAUGAAUCCGUCAUAUCCAAGCUUACUGUAGAAAAGACGAAAGCUGAUCAAAAAUAUUUUGCCGCGAUGAGGUCUAAAGAUUCAAUUUUGAUUGAAAUUAAAAAUCUCUCUAAAAGCUUAAGUAAAUCGAAUGAAUUGAUUCUACAAUUAAAGGAUUCGGAUAGAUUGUUACAGCAAAAGAUUGGAAACUUACAUAAGCAAUUGGAACUUUCUCAAAAUAAUGAAAGGAGAUUGAUCGAUUCCAGCAAAGCAGAGACAUUAAAAAUCAUUGACUUAAACAAUACAUCAACAAAACUGAAAAGGUCGUUAGGGAAACUACAAGAAGAAAGCAACAAGAGUAUUGCAAAUAUGACGCAUUUAGAAACAAAAUUAAACGAUACAGAAAUCGAAUUGAAGCACUUCAAGCUGAAGGCAUCGCAUUUAGAAACUAAAUGCGAAAAACUCCAUGAUACAUUAUUCAAUGGUUACAAGAAAAACAAGGUUUCCAACAACGAGGCCCUCGUGGAGGAACUAGCGAACUUCCGUACCCUAGUUUACUGUUCCCUAUGUUCCAAAAAUUGGAAGAAUAUGGCCAUCAAGACUUGUGGUCACGUCUUUUGUGAAAAUUGCUGCAAAGAACGGCUGGCAGCAAGAAUGAGGAAGUGCCCUACAUGCAACAAAGCGUUCAGUUCCAAUGAUUUAUUAACAGUGCACUUGUAA